UCAGUGGAUGCGUAUGGGCGUAUCCGUCUCUGAGCAUGAGCGAGCGCCUGGUGGGCGCGCCCGUUUGCGACGUUGCGGAGGCUUCAAGAUGGCGGAAGCCUUGACAACUCAGGAGCAGCUGGCUGUGGAGGAGUUCCUGAGAGAGGUGCGGAGCAGGGAGCUGCCUCACAGCGCUGGGCUCGUCUCCCAACCUACAGCUGUUAAGUUUCUUAUGGCCCGCAAGUUUGACGUCUCCAGAUCCAUUGAGCUAUUCCAAGCAUAUAAGAACACAAGAAUCAAAGAGGGCAUCAUUAAUAUAAACCCUGAUGAGGAGCCCCUGCGCUCUGAGCUUCUGAGUGGCAAAUUUACAGUUCUGCCUGGCCGAGAUGCUAAGGGUGCUGCCCUGGCACUCUUCACUGCCCGCCUCCAUCGGCCAGACGUCACCACUCACAAAGCUGUGCUGCAGGCCAUCAUCUAUCAGCUGGACAAAGCCAUAGAGAGUACACAAACCCAACGAGACGGUCUCAUAUUUAUUUAUGACAUGACAAAUUCCAGCUACGGAAAUUUUGACUACGAGCUCUGCGUCAAGAUUCUCAAUUUACUCAAGGGGGCGUUCCCAGCUCGUCUAAAAUGCGUCUUCAUCGUGUCCUCGCCGCUUUGGUUUCGAGCCCCUUUCACAGUGCUGCGUCUCUUUGUCCGUGAGAAGCUGAGAGAAAGGGUUUGCACGGUGAAAGCUCACGAGUUGGCCAGUCACAUCCCGGUCUCCUCCCUCCCUGAACACUUGGGGGGCACAUCUCAGUAUAGCCACGUGGCCUGGAUCCAGUCCUGCGUGAACAUGCAGACGAACAGCGUUAAGGGCGACACGGGCGAGCACGACGCGCGCGACUGCGUGGGCAGCCUGCUGCGCUCCUACAGCCUGGACAACAGCCACCCCAGCAUAGACGAGACGCCGGCCCACCCCCGUCAGCCGGGCGCCGAGCGGGCCACGGCCAACUCCAACUGCUACGACGACAACAACGCCAACCCGCACAACCACCACUGCGGCGCGGCGGAGGCCAGGACUCGAGGCCUGGGCCAGCACCCGCAGGGCUCCGGCGCGCCGCCGGACCGGCCGCAGGUCAACCACCAGCACUGGAACGGCUCGGCCCUGGGCGGCGCCGGCGGCCCCAACGCCAACGUGAACGGCCGCGGCUGCCCAGCGCCGUCGCAGUCGGGCACGCCGCCGGACGUGGCGCUCUCCCAGGAGGCGGACGGGGACGCGGCGGCGGGCGAGGAAACGGGCCCCGCCGGCGGGCGCCAAAACGAGGACGAUGAAGACUGCGAAGAGGAGGAAGGAGUGCCCCCACUGCCCCAGAAGUCUCUGCCCCGCCCCCCCAACCAGCCAUCCUCACAGUCCCCUCCCCUAUCCUCGUCGUGGGGUCCAGACGACGAAAACCACUGCUUUGAGGUCUCAGUUCACAUGCCAGAUCAGGGUGGCAUGACGGUUCACGAGCUGGUGGAGUAUGUGAAGAGGAAGAAGAAGAAGGGCAUCUAUCAGGAAUAUGAGGAGAUCCGCAAGGAGCCCCCCGCAGGCUCCUUCGACUACUCAAAAAAACUGUCCAAUCAGAUCAAGAACCGGUACAGCGAUGUUCUCUGCCUGGACCAGUCACGAGUACGACUCUGCCAGCUCUGUGACGAGGAGGAUGAGACAUCAGAUUACAUUAACGCCAGUUUCAUGGACGGGUACAAGAGACGCAACACCUACAUCGCCACUCAGGGUCCUUUGCCAAAAACCUUUGGCGACUUCUGGCGGAUGGUAUGGGAACAGAUGGUACUCAUCAUUGUCAUGACAACCAGGGUUGUUGAGCGUGGCCGUGUCAAAUGCGGUCAGUACUGGCCUCUGGAGGACGGCAGGACAGAGCAGCAUGGGUACUUCCUGGUUAGAAACACGCAUAUCCAAGUAUUUCAGGAUUUCAAACUAUCCCACCUCGAGCUAUACAACACACAGUCUGGGGAGAAACGGGACGUAUACCACUACCUCUAUGUGAGCUGGCCGGACUUCGGGGUCCCUAAAAGUGCGUCUGCCAUGUUGGACUUCCGCGAGCACGUGCUCCGAACAAGGGAGGCUGCCGUCCGGAGCAUGGGGUCCAGCUGGAGGGGGCCUCCCGAGGGGCCCCCCGUGGUGGUUCACUGCAGCGCCGGCAUCGGACGCACAGGCACAUUCUGCACACUGGACAUCUGUCUGUCCCAGCUGGAGGACGUCGGCUCAGUGGACAUCCAUCAAACGGUGCGGAGGAUGCGUACGCAGAGGGCCUUCAGCAUCCAGACUUGGGACCAGUACUAUUUCUGCUACACGGCGGUCAUCGAGUACGCCCAGCGGCACGGGAAGCUGAGCCCGGUGCAGUGGUCCGACUCGGACUUGGAAACCGACAGCGAGUGAGAAGCAGCCGGGGGAGGUGAACGGGUCAGCGAGACCCGGAACGUCGGAAGGAAAGAAACGAAGCGUCCUUUCACAUUUGAGGAGGGCGGUGACCCGUCGGCCAUAAGAAAGAGACGGGACAGGAUGACAGACUCCCACAGUUGCUCCUCCUUCACAUGAGCGGAUGGACGGAGGAGCCUGGAAAAGAUGAUACGGAGCAGUGGAGACUAUGCAACGCAUCCUCGAAGAACAAGCUAGCCUGCCAAUAUCCAAGCCUCUCGUCAUUUAGCAAACCACGGGGCGCUCGGCCUGCCCCUGAACCUGUCCUGUUGACAAAAGCGUUGUACGAGUUGUAGCAUUUUUAUACUGACUUGCACAUGAGGAAUGACAAACUUGAACUUAAAUCCUUGAAGCCCUCCGAACGCGAGUUUUUGUUCCUUUUUUUUGUUUUGUUUUUGUUUUUUUUGUAUUUCUUGUUCCUUCUCAACCCAGAA